CUAGAAGCAAUGUCGAUGGAGAAGCUUGGCUGCUGUGAAAGCUUCCUCAAAAGCUCAAAGCCCUACUUCGCCAUGAUAUCUCUCCAGUUUGGCUACGCCGGCAUGAACAUAAUUACCAAAAUAUCCCUCAACACCGGUAUGAGCCACUACGUCCUUGUCGUCUACCGCCAUGCAAUCGCCACCGCCGUUAUUGCCCCCUUCGCUUUCUUCUUCGAAAGGAAAGCUCAGCCGAAAAUAACUUUCACCAUUUUCAUGCAACUAUUCAUUCUCGGCCUUCUUGGGCCCGUGAUCGAUCAAAACUUCUACUAUAUGGGGUUGAAAUAUACGUCGCCCACGUUCUCGUGCGCCAUGAGUAACAUGCUUCCGGCUAUGACCUUUAUCUUGGCCGUUCUAUUCCGGAUGGAGAUGUUGGACGUGAAGAAACUGUGGUGCCAGGCGAAAAUAGCUGGAACGGUGGUGACCGUAGCCGGAGCCAUGUUAAUGACAAUUUAUAAGGGACCCAUCGUUGAGCUAUUUUGGACUAAAUAUAUGCAUCUCCAACAUGCUAACGACACGACACCGUCUAGCAAUUCAAAUGAUAAUAAAGAUUUUCUAAAAGGCUCCAUCCUCCUCAUCUUUGCUACCCUUGCAUGGGCCUCCCUCUUCGUUCUUCAGGCGAAGAUACUAAAGACGUACUCGAAGCAUCAGCUUACUUUAACAACACUAGUUUGCUUCAUCGGAACAUUACAAGCAGUUGCUGUGACGUUUGUCAUGGAACACAACCCAUCAGCUUGGAGAAUUGGCUGGGACAUGAACCUCCUUGCCGCCGCUUACUCUGGGAUCGUGGCAUCAAGUAUCUCAUACUAUGUGCAAGGGAUAGUGAUGAAGAAAAGAGGACCUGUAUUUGCUACUGCCUUUAGCCCUUUGAUGAUGGUUAUUGUUGCAAUCAUGGGUUCUUUUAUUUUGGCAGAAAAGAUCUUCCUUGGAGGGGUGAUUGGAGCAGUACUUAUUGUAAUUGGACUGUAUGCAGUCUUGUGGGGAAAGCAAAAGGAAAAUGAAGUAACGCAUUGUGAGAUUUUAGAGCGUCCCACCAAGAAUAUCGACCCGAGUAGUAAAGUAACUGAGGAUGUGGAAGCUAAUAAUGGAACUGAAAUGAAAUAUUCGGACUCUAUACUAUCAACGAUUGUAAUCAGCGCUCCAGCUUCAGAAACAACUUUGAAGAAAACUAUCCAAGAGCCAUGAAAAGAUUGCAUGAAGAGAAUAAUAAAAGACUACUUUUGGUCGGAUAUUUGUGUGUAUUUUGUCUUUUUCACUUUUAA